UAGUUGAACUUCCGCCCGGCCAGCAGCGAAGGUGGCUGCAGGAGCCCAGUGCAGUGUGACACAGGCCGGACCCGCUGCUCCAGGUUGCCCGGUAGGCUGCCUGCGGAGCUUCGCGUAGACUCUUCGUAUUCCGAGCACAGAAGAAGGACAAGCAUAUAUCCGCUGCAGCUAACUAAAAAAAACCCUCGAUCGUUCCAGCAUUUUUUUUUUUUAGCGCUUUACAGGCGCCGCUCGGUUUGUGGUUACUUAAUGGGGCAGCAAGGUAGGCUACCGCGGCUGUCGCCAGCAGCCCUGCAACUUUAUUUCCACCGACUAAUGCGACGCACAGACCUUCUAUAACCGCUUUCAACACAAUGGCGGAUUUUUAACAAUAACGACACAUUUAACGCGCUUUUAUUUUUAAAAGUCGGAACCGCGCGGACGCCUAACUUCGACCACCGUUCAGAGGUCGACGUCGACAUUAACAAACAAACACACAGACAAAAAAAAACAAACAUUUUAUUAUCCUCUAUUUUUUUGGCGUCGCUUGAAUCUACGUGAGGGGGAAAAUGCGUUUUGUUUUGUAUUGGAUGUCUGUUUGGUGUUUCCUUCGCCUCGGAACCGCCGGCCAAGAGAAGUCGACCCCGGCUGUUUGUUCUCCCUCAUGCGGCUGCGAUGAAGAUGGAGGUGCGGACUGUUCCAGCAGAGGACUGACCGCCGUCCCUAGCGGCCUCAGUGCCUUCACCUACUACCUAGAUCUGAGCAUGAACAACAUCACUGAGCUUCCAGCAAAUGUUUUCAAGAACUUUCCCUAUCUGGAGGAGUUGAGACUUGCAGGGAAUGACUUGUCCCUUAUCCACCCUGAAGCCCUGUCUGGACUGAAUCAGCUCAAAGUCCUGAUGCUCCAGAAUAAUCAACUUAAGACGGUACCUAGCGCUGCACUGAAGAACCUUCAUUUUCUCCAGUCUCUCCGACUAGAUGCGAACCAUAUUACCGCAGUUCCAGAUGACAGUUUUGAGGGUCUUCAGCAACUGCGGCAUCUUUGGUUGGACGACAACAACCUUACAGAAGUCCCUGUCGCUUCUCUGAGGCACCAGGCAAACCUACAAGCACUGACGUUGGCACUUAACCGCAUCUUCUACAUACCAGACAACGCCUUUGCAAACCUCACCAGUCUAGUUGUUCUGCAUCUUCACAACAACAGAAUUAAAGAAAUUGGCAGCAAUUGUUUUACAGGUCUUGUGAACCUAGAAACACUAGAUCUUAACUUCAACAACCUGCAUGUCUUUCCCAAAGCAAUAGAGGCACUCCCCAAGCUAAAAGAAUUGGGGUUUCACAGCAACGAUAUUGCUUCUAUACCUGAUGGAGCUUUCCUAAACAACCCUCUGCUGAAAACAAUACAUUUCUAUGACAACCCUAUGUCCUUUGUGGGUGCUACGGCUUUCCAGAACUUGUCUGACCUCCACUCUUUGAUGCUUAGAGGAGCCGACAUGACUCAUGACUUCCCAGUCCUCACAAGGACCAACAACCUUGAGAGCCUGACGCUGUCAGGAACCAAGAUAUCGGCCCUCCCCGCUGAUUUGUGUGAGAAUCUCAAGCUCCUUGAAACACUAGAUUUAUCCUACAAUGAGAUCAAGGAAGUACCAUCCCUUCAGGUCUGCGUCUUACUGCAGGAGAUAAGUUUUCAGCACAACCAAAUAGAGGAAAUUGGCAGAGAUACGUUUCAAGGUCUUACUGCUCUACGUUUACUAGAUCUGAGUAGAAAUAAAAUCCAAGUUAUUCACAGAGAAGCUUUCUUCACCCUUUCUGCACUCACUAACCUAGAUCUGAGUAUGAACUCACUGAUUGUGCUUCCAACAAGCGGACUGAGUGCCGUCAGUCAACUGAAACUCUCAGGCAAUCCACACAUGAAAGAUGUGCUGACUGUGAGACAGUUACCCAAACUCAGGUCCAUUUCUGUUCCUUACGCCUACCAGUGCUGUGCAUUUGUUGGAUGCGACUCAUUGACAAGUUUUACUGAGGAUGGUGACGUUAAGAGAUCAUCAGGUGGCGACGAAGUAGAAAGAAUUUCAAUGAUUAUGCAUUGCUCUCCUUCACCUGGAGCUUUUAAGCCUUGCGAGCACCUUCUAGGCAGCUGGAUGAUUCGCCUGACAGUCUGGUUCAUCUGCCUGGUGUCGCUGGUCUUCAACAGUCUGGUGCUGGUUGCCACAUUCCCCCCCUUCCGCUGCACCUUGGGCCACACCCACUGGCAGGCCUCAUCCAUCCCACCGGCCAGGUUUCUGAUGGGGCUUCUGGCCCUGGCUAACCUGCUGACAGGCCUGUACGUGGGUGUGUUGACGGUGUUGGACGUCGCCACGUGGGGAACCUUCGCCGCCUUCGGCGUGUGGUGGGAAAUGGGGCCUGGGUGCCAGUUCACCGGCGCCCUGGCCGUCUUCUCAUCAGAAUGGUCUGUUUUCCUGCUCUCCCUGGCCGCAGUGGAGCGUAGCGUGGCCGUGCGGAAUAUACUCGGGAAGGUGAUGAUGUCACCCAGAAGGAGCGGCCUCAGCCGGAGAGGGUGUUGGAGAGGAGAUCGACACUUUGUCCUCGCUGCAGGACUGCUUGGGUUACUUGCUGCGACUGCAGCGUGCCUGCCUCUCCUGACCUUCAGCGACCAUUCUGCCUCGCCACUUUGCCUGCCCUUCGCCGGGGCUGAAAGUCCUGCCUUGAGCGUCACUGUAGUCUUAGUCCUCCUCAACGCAUUGGCUUACCUGUUCACGGCGGCCGUAUACACCCAGCUGUACUGCCACCUUGGCAGGGUACAACUGGUCGACCCAGAGCAGACAGGUGCUCUGCGUCAUGUCGCGUGGCUCAUUUUCACCAACUGCAUCUUCUUCUGUCCCGUGGCCGCUUUCUCCUUCGCCCCCCUCUUGACCGGAUCCACCACCGGCAGCCCGGAGAUCGCAAAGUCGGUCAUUCUCAUUUUCUUCCCGCUGCCCGCAUGCGUCAACCCGGUUCUAUACGUUCUCUUCAGUCCAGCCUUCAGGGAGGACUGGCUACGGCUUCGCAGCUGCGGGCGUUUGGCCAGGGAGGCGAAAUCUGGCAGCGAAAGUCAGAGAGACAACGAGGCCGCGGGGUCGGAGCUCACGGAUUGCGGCUCCUCUGCUCAUUCAGGCUUCGGCUGUGGAGUUUACUCUCAGCUCUGCGGGGAGACGGUUGCGUGUGAAAAGUGCGAGGCGGCUUUACAUGCCAAGACCUGCUCUUGCACCUCGUCCCCCACGGCCUGCAGACACUUGGUGAAGUCUCGCAGCUGUCCCACCCUCCCGACGGGAGCGGCCCUCUGCCAGCGUCCUGAGGGAUUCUGGGCAGAUAGCGUGACGCCGUCCGCUCAGUCCGAGUACGCCGACGAGGGGGACUCGUUUGUUUCUGACAGCUCCGACCAAGUUCAGGCGUGCGGCAGAGCCUGCUUCUGUCAGAGCAGAGGCCUCCCUCUGGUACACUACUCGUACAGUAUACCUCCAGGCAAAGACUAGCACCGCCUGAAGAGUACAGAAAUGGAAGGAAUGUGCCAACGACCCUGAUGAAAGAUUACAGCAAGCACUUAGGUUUGUUUUGAAAGUGAACAGACUCAUUUAAAGGGAACUUAAGUCAUGUGGAGGAGAAAAUGGUGUCGCCUGGUGUGCCUGCCCUCUGCCUUGGAUGGGGCCCUAAAAGCCUCCUUCACUUUUUGUACGCUUUUUCAUGUAGUUUUAAUUAUUCUAAGCCUGUCAAAUGUUUAAAUUUCCUCUACAGCAACUGUUCAUUUUAUACCUGGGUAUAUAUUUUUUUUUACAUAAAUGUAGCAAAUGUAAUCAUGGUAGAGUUUGAAUGUAUGAGUCAGGUGGUUUUCACCUCCCACAGGGAAAUGCAUGGUCUUUGUGACUGUGGUCUAACGCUAUUUCUACCAAACGCUUGUGUUAAGUCGCCAAGACUAAGAAUGUGAUCCGACAUCACUGGCGUUUCGUCAUGAGUGUGCCGGUGUUAUUUAUUGUUUGAACGGCAGCCAUGUUUGGAUGGAGGUUUGAAAUAUGAGCUUUUCAUUAAUAUACACUGUCACAUACUGUUCCCUACAGUACAUGAGCUGGUACAUGUAAAUAUAGUUUCAUUUUCCCCCUAAUUAUUUGCCUAUUAGGAAAUAAGAUUGUUUCAAGUGGGGAUGCAAUGUUCUGUUGCCAGGGUCAGGUUUAUUUUAAGUAGGACAAGGUGCCAUUGUUCCCCAGAGCAAUAUGUGCUUUUAUGAACAUGUACGUUUUAACUCCGCUUUGCACUUAAAAAAAAAUGUUGUCUUUAGAAAGGAAAUCUACUUUUUACGGUAAUCACAGUUUGGCGACACAUUGAGUUGAAUAUUUGUCAAUCAAAUACAGUGGUACCUCGGUUUACGAGUUUAAUUGGUUACAGGGCUGCUCUAGUUUUAUUUUAAGCCUCAACACCUUCCAAAAAAAUGUUUUCAAAAUUUUUCAUUUAUGUCUAAUACUUUUGUUUUUUAGAUCAAAUUGUAUUUGAUGCAUUUCACAAUAACAAAACAAACUAAUUGGAAAUACAUUUCAAGAUUCAAGAGAUUCAAGAUUGUUUAUUUUCAUAUGCACAGUUAAACAGACAGUUUGCCGUACAAUGAAAAUUUUACUUUGUUACAAAUUGUACAAUAGUGGACGUUUUUAGUGAAAAAUAAUACAUUUGAUACCUGUUUGACAAAUGUGAAAUUUGCCAUUGUAUUCCUAUCAAUGGCUGAGCAGGAAGAAGCUAAGAGUAUGUAAGAUUUCACCUGAAGCACCCUUUCAUUCCGUAAUUGACAUUUUACUUGCGAUUCUCCAAGCAAAACAAUUUCCGCACAGUUUUACUUACAGUGAAGAGCGACUUUUUACCCAAAAUAGCUGCAUGUUAAACAGGGUUUCCGUGGGUCAUUAAAUGUUUGUUUUUACUUAAAUGGCAUUAAAAAUUACUCAAUUGAUGUCUACAGCCAAUAAAACAAAUUUAAACGUAUCAAAUCACACAUGCUACUGUAUUGAUUAAUUAAUUCAAGGCAGGCAGCAAUUAACGGUGCCACGUUUAUUUGGCGUGACCAACAAAGCAACUUGCUGCCGCCAUGACUUUACCAUAACUGGCAACUAUCACUACAGAAAAAUAGAAUCUAGGAUUAAACAGUCUUGUGAGCCAAUUUUAAUUCACUACGGGGUAACAGUUAAUGUUUACUUUUCCAAACAUUCAAGAUUAUCAUUGUUAAAUGCUGACAAUGUUGUCUAUACAUGCAGUUAUAAGCUUUCGACUAUAUAUAAUAGCUAUGUGCAGUAGGACUUGGGCAUUAAAUUUUGUUUUAAGUGGCAUUAAAAAGUAUUACCGUAUUUUUCGGAUUGUAAAUCGCUCCGGAGUAUAAAUCGCACCGGCCGAAAAUGCAUAAUAAAGAAGAAAAAAAAACAUAUACACGUCGCAUUUUUGGGGGAAAUGUAUUUGAUAAAAUCCAACACCAAGAAUAGACGUUUGAAAGGCAAUUUAAAAAAUAAAUAAAGAAUAGUGAACAACAGGCUGAAUAAGUGUACGUUAUAUGACGCAUAAAUAACCAACUGAGAAGGUGCCUGGUAUGUUAACGUAACAUAUUAUGGUAAGAGUCAUUCAAAUAACCAUAACAUAUAGAACAUGCUAUACGUUUACCAAACAAUCUGUCACUCCUAAUCGAUAAAUCCCAUGAAAUCAUCUUCCUCGAUGUCACUUCUAAACAACUCUGCCAACUCCAAGGGUAUGCGCCGCUUCCUUUUGUCGUUUUCUGCUGCAUAUUUCACUACAUCCAGCUUGUAAUCUGCAGUACAUAAUUUCCUUUUCGGUCCAAUUUUUGUUCAGCCCUUCUCAGUUUUUAUAAGUUACCGCCAACGAUGAAAUGGUCUAUUUAAAUAGCUACGGCAGUAGCAAAUAGCAGUUAGCAUCUCAUGUCCCGCAAUGCACUUCUGCCAUGACCCUCCCCCGCCGAAUUCUUAUUGGUUGACGUGUGUGUGACGAUUGCUGACAUUUUCUUCGUCUCUUCCGCGAAUGAGAUAAAUAAUAGUAUUUGAUAUUUUACGGUAAUGUGUUAAUAAUUUCACACAUAAGUCGCUCCGGAGUAUAUGUCGCACCCCCGACCAAACUAUGAAAAAAACUGCGACUUAUAGUCCAAAAAUACGGUAAAUAGAUGUGUGGAUACCUGCAGAAACCCUGAAAACUGUAACCCAUUGAAAAUAAAUUACUAUGUUCUGGGCCCCUAAAAUACACCACUAUUUGAACAUGUCUCAUAAAAUAUGAUACAUUUAUAUGUAGAUAAUGAUAAACACUAUAUAAUUUGAUACAAACUACAGUACUUUUUAUGAAAAACUAACUGUAUCUUCUUUGAAGUGUUUCUCUGUCAAACCAUCAGCAACAUAUACAUAUUUUCUUGGGUACCUUUCUGACGUUUAGACAUUGAUUCAACAUGCUUGGCUGGCGUAUGGUUCAGACUAGCAGUGCUUCACUAAAGCUCUGUCAUGUUUAAUUCACUGAAAUGAUCUACUCCUUCUUGUCAGUCUUUCACACUCACUUGGUCCCCAUUGUUGGAAAGGCUAAGUUCUGUCUUGCUGUCUAUUAUUUAUCAAGCCAGCAACCUAACUAACUAGUGGUGGGGAGGCUCGUAACCUGAAGCAUUACAACUUCUCUAAGAGACCGCAAAAAUCCCUCAAAAAUGUGUGAGCCCAUGGCACUGGUAAAUGGAGGUACCACUGUAUUAGCUUUUUGGAAAGAUUCUGAAAUAAUUGCCGAUGAUGCAUUAGCAAAUAGUGAGUUUAAAAACACAAAAAGCGAAACAAAGUUGUUUAAAACUACAACUGAGAGUUUUUCUGUUGCUGCUUUUUGUCAUUUUUCAAGCCAGCUGUGAGUGUGUUUAGUUCAGUGGCACCUGGCCAUUGUUGGGAAGAAGUAUGCCUCAACCCGUAACACAUUUAGCUGGAUGAUAUAUUGUUGAUAGAUUAUAUAUACCGUAUUUCCUUGAAUUACCGCAGGGCAUAUAGUAUUACCGCCUGGUCAAACACUUCCCCUGUCAUCAUUUUCAAAAUGGAGGAGGCUGAUUUCAAUACCGGUAAUUUGAAAUCGCAUAAAGGGAAGAAGUUUAAGAGCUAUUCAGUAGGAUUUAAGGUCUAACCUUACAUCACACUCAAAUUUUUACUGCAUGCCUUUAGUAAGAGCCGGAGUGAGAAGAGGUUUUAAAAUAAUUAGCGCAUGCUUACUUUUACCGCAUGCCUUUGGUAAGCGCAGGAGUGAGAAGAGGUUUUGAAUUAGCGCCCCGGCGGCAAUUCAAGGAAAUACGAUAUAUUGUCACCAUUAUUUUCAGACCAAAUUAAGCACUAACGUCAUCAUGUUUUUUUAAUAAUAAUGCAACUGCUCCUUCCCAAAUCAACCGACUUUGAAUACUCAUGAGUUUUUUUAAUAAUAGUAGAAGGCCAAUAACUUUUAUCUAUCCUAUAUAUGUAAACAAACAUCAAAAAUAAAAAGGACUCUCAAUCGCUGUUAACAAAAACUGCACUUGACGUGAAGUGCAGUUUUUUUUUUCCCCCAAGGGUGAAGUUGUUUUUUGUUUGUUGCCGUCACUUUCCUGCAAAUUUGGCAUGCGCGCUCGUUCAUUCAAAGCCGAAAUAUCCUCACGCCGGACUUUUGCUUUGCAAUCAUCUUUUUUCCUCAUAAUUUCUGUUACUUUACGGUGCUUUUCACUAACGAGUCGUGACCAUCAAGGUCUUUCUGUUUGUCCACCCGCACAGACAAAUAUUGUGGUUGAUUGACAAGAGGGUUCGCUCGGUUCAUUUAAGUCUGCUAUUGAAUAAAAUCGCCCAGAGUGAACCCUCUUGUAUGCUCCUAAAGGCGAGAGGCGAAGAAAACACACAUGAACAAUGAUCAAUAGCAGUAGUUAUUGAGUUCAUUUUCACUUAUCGUAGUCGUUAUCAGCCCGGGUGACAGCUACGAGCCAGGUGUGUUGUGCCAAAUCCUUUUUGUAGCAGUCCAAAUUUAUAAGUGAAUGUAUGGAAAACACUGAAAUAAGGCCCCUCAUAUCUGAUCCUUGUCAUUUCCACUGUGCAGGCGUUUCUAAAGUGUUCCAAUUGAGUGCACACUCAGGUGGAUCUCCUGUCCCACAAGUGUACGAGUUCCAUCUGUGCUUGGCCGAGGUUAUUGCACGCAUCCGGAAUCCAACCCACAAAACGUUGUCUCCAGCACCACGAUAAUAUCGUGACCUUAAUGUGCGCCUUGUGUACAACAGGAAAGGGUUUAAAAUGGCCCCAUUCGUCACGGUUUAUCUGACAUGUGAACCGUGACAAAUUGAGACGGCAGUAGAGUGUUGAACAUUUUACAAUGUGUUAUCUAGCUUUGACGACAGUGUCAGUUGCUGUGUAGAGUGGCACUUUCCAUCAUUUCCAGCAGGCCGCAUUGCAAAAUGAUUAUACACUCCUCUUACGCGAGAUCCACUCAGGAAUGGGGCCCACAUGAAUCCCUUUCCUACUGUAGCUUGCCAACAUGUCCUUUGUUUGACAUUUUUCUUGUCCCAAGUCAUGAAAAUGUACAUUUCUGUAGCUCGUUUGUUAAUUUUGGUAUUCAUGUGUAAAUUAUUUGAAUAACAACAACUGGGAUGCUACUUUAGGAAGCUACCUCCUCAGUUGUAGUAAUUAGCAGCAGUCCUUUAAAAGACAUCCUUGACUUCUUUCCUUUUUUUGUCGUCAUUGAUGUUUGUGCUAAUUAUGGGAGGAAUAUGUUAUGUAAACUGUGAUUUUUUGUUUUGUUUUUAGUUUUGUGAAAAAGUUAGGAUAGUCCAUGGUGUAACUGAAUGUACACAAAAGGGUCUAAAUUGGACAAAACAUGCACACCAAGCUGUGUUGCGUGUGCUGAUUUUCCUGUUCUGAGCACUGUAAUUAAAUCCCAAAGUUUUACUGUGAAAUAAUUUUUUAAAAAUCAUGACAUUUAGUACACAGCUUUAAGGGACUGACAAGCACUUGUGUGUAAAAGCUGAGCAAGUUUGAAAAACAUGACCGUAAAAUACCAAAAAACAAUUGUCCAUAAGUCAUCGACCAUUUGUUUCAUGAACGUUGGAUAGUUAUUUUACCAUUUUUAACACCAUGGGUUGUGCUAAUUUUUCACUAAAAGUAUGCUAAAGUGAUGCAAGACAAGUUCAUUUUUGUUCAUUUUUUUACUUGUUUUUUGUACAUCUGAGAUCUUCCCGGGCUGUUUUAUCUGCUCACGUAGAAAAGAAUGUGAAUAAAUCUGGAUAAACCCAAA